UUGAGUGACGAAAAAAUCGCAAAUAAACUAUAGCCUGUGUACAAGAAUAUUAUAAAGAACUAAAAUUUUUUCCUUCUCAUCUUUUCAUCUGUUUACGAAAACAUACUAUUUGUUUUGGUUCUUGCGUGAAUGGUGUAUAUCAUACAAUUCUUACUGAGUCAAAUAUAAUUCUCAGGGGAGUGAUGGUGCUUAAUUCCAAGAAACUAGUUGUUUUUUAUGGUGGAAGAAUGGAAUUAAUAUGAAAGUAAAACUAAAUUAAAUGUUAUAGAGAAAUAUAGAAAGCAAAGAUUGAUAACAGAAAAAAAGGUUAUAGCAGUUGGUUGCAAACCAUGGCAUCAUCAAAUACAUUACAAAAAGCUAUUGAUCUUGUCACAAAAGCUACAGAAGAGGAUAAAAAUAAAAAUUAUGAGGAAGCAUUGCGUCUUUAUGAGCAUGGUGUAGAAUAUUUUUUACAUGCUGUGAAAUAUGAAGCACAAGGUGAAAGAGCAAAGGAGAGUAUUCGUGCAAAAUGCCUUCAAUACCUGGACAGGGCAGAAAAACUUAAAGAAUACCUUAAGAAAGAUCAUAAGAAGAAACCACUAAAAGAUGGCGAAUCCAAUUCAAAGAGUGAAGACAAAAAAAGUGAUAGUGACACUGAUUCUGAUGAUCAGUCAAAGAAGAAAUUACAAGGACAGCUUGAGGGAGCAAUUGUAUUAGAGAAACCACAUGUCAAGUGGAGUGAUGUUGCUGGAUUAGAGGGAGCAAAAGAAGCUUUAAAGGAAGCAGUUAUUCUACCCAUUAAAUUUCCUCAUUUAUUUACAGGUAAAAGAAUACCCUGGAAAGGAAUUCUUCUUUUUGGACCCCCUGGUACUGGUAAAUCUUACUUGGCAAAAGCUGUUGCAACCGAAGCAAAUAAUUCUACUUUCUUUUCUGUUUCAUCAUCUAAUCUUGUUUCAAAAUGGCUAGGUGAGUCUGAGAAGUUAGUUAAAACCUUAUUCACAUUAGCGCGGGAACAUAAGCCGAGUAUUAUUUUUAUUGAUGAAAUAGAUUCACUAUGUUCAUCUCGUUCUGACAAUGAAUCUGAGUCAGCUCGCAGAAUCAAGACAGAGUUUCUUGUACAAAUGCAGGGUGUUGGCAAUGAUAUGGAUGGAAUUCUUGUCCUUGGUGCAACAAAUAUACCAUGGGUUCUUGAUGCAGCUAUUAGGCGACGAUUUGAAAAACGUAUUUACAUCGCCCUACCAGAAGAGCAUGCACGGUUGGAUAUGUUUAAACUGCAUUUGGGUAAUACAUACCAUCAAUUAACAGAGCAGGAUUUGAAAGAUUUGGCUGCAAAAACUGAAGGAUACUCUGGUGCUGAUAUAAGCAUUGUAGUUCGUGAUGCUUUGAUGCAACCAGUUCGCAAAGUACAAUCAGCCACACACUUUAAAAAAAUAAGGGGCCGUUGUCCCACUAAUCCAGAUGUUCUGGUAGAUGAUCUUUUGACCCCUUGUUCUCCUGGAGAUCCAGGAGCCAUUGAAAUGACUUGGAUGGAGGUUCCAAGCGAGAAACUCGGUGAACCACCUGUAACUAUGUCUGAUAUGCUGCGGUCUUUGGCAAUUUCUAAACCGACAGUUAAUGAUGAAGACAUGACAAAGUUAAAGAAAUUCAUGGAAGAUUUCGGACAGGAAGGAUAAAGUAAGUUUAAAUUAAAAAAAAAAAAUAGUAUUAGAAUAUUAAAUUACAAAAUUACAUUUGACUUUUAAACACAGUGCCUGUGUGUUGCAAAUUAUAGUAUUCAUGUCAAACUGUCCACAUAUAAGUCAACAAAAGUAUAAUACAGAGAUUUGCUUAUGAUCCUUGGAAACUCUAUUCCUGUAUGAAAUCUGGUUUUUCAAUAAUUGUGUCUUAAACAUGAAUAAAAAAGUAAACACUUAUGAAUUUAAAUAUGUAGAAGAAAUUUUUUUUUCAAUUUAUUUUAUAAUCAGUUGUAGGAUACACCAUUUUGCCUUUAUUAUUAACAUUACUAUGUUUAAUCUUAAAUCUCAACAAUUAGUAAAAUAAUAAAAUCUUGAGUGUCUUCAAAUUUUGCUUGAGAAUAAAAUUUUAUGUAAGUACCUGUCAAAAGAUAUUUUUUGUAUAAAGUUAUUCAUACUUAUACCAUUUAAUGUUAUAGCUAUACUCACGUUGUCUUAUUAUUUAUAUAGUAUAAAGUAAUACUAAUGCUGUGACAUGCUAAGAAACCUGACAUUAUCUAAAGUAAAGAUAUAGAGGUGACAGGGUUUCAAUAGGUUAUAAAAUAUUUUGCUUAUUAACAUAAUUAAGCACGCAAAAUAUAGUAGUAAUUGUAAUUCAAUACUAUCCUGAAAUUGCUUAUAUUUUUAUUAUAAUUUUGAUACAUAUGUUAAGUAUAUUGUAUAUGCAUCGAGUCUGAUUCUGAAAUAUCAUUCUCUAAACUUAUAUCUAAAGUUAAUUUAAUUUUAAAAAAUUAUGUAGUAAAUGGGCUGUCCCAUUGUAUGUUAAUAAUAGUCUAAUGUAAAAAUAUUAUGUUUAAUUUUUUAAGGGAAGGAGUUCAAGAGGCAUAAAGAGAGAAAAGUGAUUUGUUAAAAAAUGAUUAAAAUGUUAUUGCAUUCAUUAUUACAACUGUAUAAUAUUGGCUCUCCUUGAACCCAUUCAGAUAUUAAAAGCUUUUUUGUAAUAAUUUAAUUUUUGUUGUAUGAAAUACUGUAUAUUUACUGUAUUCAUUUUUCAUUGGAAUAGUAGAUUAUGCCCCAAAAUAAUGGGUAAAUGUAUUUUGUCAUUAAGCUAUUAAAUAUGGUUUAAUUAUA